AUGAAAUUCUCCAACUUCGUCGCGGGCGCGCUCGCCGCCUUCGCCCCCCUCGUCCAUGCCACCAACUUCAUCGCCGCCGACUCGCUCAUUCAAUGCGGCGACAACACCAAGCUCUCCGUCACCAAAUUCUCCGUCCUCUUCACCCCCGAAAAUAAAACCCUCGAGGUCGGUUUCGAAGGCUCCACCGCCAUCUCCGGAAAGGUGGACAUGCAGGUCGACCUGAUCGUCUACGGCUACAAGGCCCUGACCGAGCACCUCGACCCCUGCAGCUCCAAAGGUCUGACCGGUCUCUGUCCGAUGACUCCGGGUGACCUGGACCUGAAAUCCGCCAAAAUCGACGUCGGCUCCGAUGUCCUGAGCAAGAUCCCCGGCAUCGCCUUUAACGUCCCCGAUCUGGAUGCUCUCGUGCGCAUCAACGUCAACGACAAGAAGACCGGCGACAGCAUCGCCUGCGUCGAGACCCAAUUGUCCAACAGCAAGUCCGUCUACCAGGUCGGCGUGUCCUGGACCGUCGCCGUCAUCACCGGCCUGGGGAUCAUCAUGUCCGCCGUCUACUCCGUGCUCGGUCACUCGCAGACCGCCACCCACGUCGCCUUCAGCGCCAUCUCGUUCUUGACCUUCAUGCAGGCCCAGGCCAUGGCCGGCAUGAUGUCCGUCCAUAUGCCGCCCAUCGUGCAGGCCUGGACCCAGAACUUCCAGUGGAGUAUGGGCAUUAUUCACCUGGAGGGCUUGCAGACGCUCUGCACCUGGUUCCAGCGCGCCACCGGGGGCACCCCUUCGACCCUGCUGUCCGACCUGUCGCACACGUCCGUCAUCGUGCAGAAGCGCUCGUCCAUCCUCUCGCGGGCUGCCAGCGCCCUGGCGCGUCGUGCCGACGAAGGCGCCGGGCAGGUCACCGUGCGCGGCAUCGAGCGCGUGGGCUUCCGCGCCUCCAUCGAACCCAGCAACGUCUUCAUGACCGGCUACUUUUUCUACUACUUCAUCGUCGUCGUCAUCCUCAUCUGCGCCCUCCUGACCAAGCUCAUCUGGAAGCUCCUGAGCAAGAAGCGCCAUCUGCCCGUGCAGCUGACCGCCGGCUGGACCUCGCUGACCCGCGGCACGCUCUUUCGCCUGAUGUUCCUGGGCUACACGCAGAUGUGCGUGCUGUGCCUCUGGGAGCUGACGCACCGCGACUCCGGCGCCGAGAUGGCCCUCGCCAUCUCCAUGUGGCUGCUGACCUCGCUGGCCCUGGGCUGGGCCACCUUCAAGAUCUUCCAGCGCGCCAAGCGGUCGAUCAGCAUGCACAACAGCCCCGCCUACACGCUCUACUCGGACCCGACCUGCUUCAACAACUGGGGUUUCCUGUACAUCAACUACCGCGCCACCGCCUACUACUUCAUCGUGCCCAUGCUCGUCUACACCAUCAUCAAGGGCAUGGUGAUCGCCUUCGCGCAGUCCGCCCCCGUCGCCCAGACCGCGCUGAUCCUCGUCCUCGAAGCCAUCAUGCUGAUCGGCGUCAGCAUCAUCCGGCCGUACAUGGACAAGGGCACCAACAUCUACGGAAUCGCCGCGGCCGCCGUCAACUUCCUCAACUCGGUCUUCCUGCUCAUCUUCUCCGACGUGUUCAACCAGCCCGCCCUCAUGACCGGCAUCAUGGGCGUCAUCUUCUUCGUCUACAACGCCGUCUUUGCCAUCGUCAUCCUCAUCUGGAUCCUGCUGGGCGUCUACCACGCCAUCCGCCUCAAGGAGCCCGACUCGCGCUACCAGCCCAUCAACGACGACCGCAACUCCUUCAUGCGCUCCGGCGACCAGAUGACCACCGAGCUGGACGCCCUCGGCAAGUCCGCCCGCGGCGACCUGCGCUUCCAGUCCCUGGGCGACGGCGACGACUGGAGCCCCGCCCGCGAGAAGGCCCCCGUCUGGAACAACGACCCCUACCACCACAGCGACUACGGCCACAGCGGCAACAACAGCCCGCACACGAUGGCCGGCGCCCGCUCACAGACCGAUAUCGUCGAUCUCUCGGUGCCGCUGGUCCCGAGCGGCAACACCCACGACGCGCGGUACGGCCAACCACAGUAUGGCCAACCGCAACAACCGCAAAGGAUGUUUUAG